AUGUUUAUAUGCAGGCUAUCACCAGGCGGGGAGCGUUUCCUCUUGCAUCGGGAAAUCAAAGACGAAAGCAACGUUACCUGCUCGCGACUGUUCAUUGCCACCCUGCCGUGUCCACAGGGCUCUGGUGCGCCUUCUGCCGCAUCGUCUUCCGCGACUGCUUCGCAGAUCGAGGUACUCGUCAAGUUUACCGAUCGCUACAACUCUCGUGCGCACCGGCUCCUGGCAUCCGCAGACCUCGCACCACACUUGUACUCGUGCUCGCUCGUGUGUGGAGGGCUGUACAUGGUCGUGAUGGCGCUCCUUCCCGGCCAGUCGAUGGAGUAUCUCGUCCAGAUACAGAAGAAGGUUGUACCGCGGUCGGUCUUCGAGGACGUCGACGCUGCGAUCAGGAUGCUGCACACGGAGAGCAUCGUCUUUGGCGACCUCCGGCAGCCGAACGUGAUGUGUGUUCCUGAGUCGCGUGCGGAAUCGGGCUCUGGGGCGACGGAGCGGCUGCGUGGGAUGCUGGUCGACUUUGAUUGGGCGGGCGCCGACGGCGAGGGCAGGUACCCUGCGACGGUGGACACAAGGAGGUUUGCGGCAGGCGUGGACAGGAACGGGGCGAUGCGCAAGGAGCACGGCCUUGAGAUGCUGGCGAGGUUGUCUGCGGUGUGCGGGCUAUAG